UGUUGCGAUCUUGCAAAACCCUAGGAACUGCCAUUGCAGAGGAGAGGGGGAAAAUCGGAGCUCUAAGAUUCCGCCAAAAUCCUUUAGGAGAAGCUUCUCUCUCACUAGCCUUCUCUUCUCUCCCAGAUUUCAGGGUUAAGCUUGUUCUCCGGAGGUUGGUGAGCUAUGGCUUCUGCUAUGCAUCAAGUUCUUCCUGUGGUUAUUGAUUCGAACGUGGUUGCGAAUGCAUUUGUAUUCCAGUACUAUCACAUUUUGUAUGACAAGCCGGAGUGUCUCUAUCAGUUUUAUCAACAUUUCAGUAAGAUUGGGCGUCCUGGACCGGAUGAGAAGAUGCUAGUCUUCACCACCUUGCCUAUUAUACAUGAGAAUCUUCUUUUGCUGGCUUAUGGAGAUUUUAGAGCUGCUGAGAUAAUAACUGUGGAUUCCCAAGAGUCUUACAAUGGGGGUGUGCUCGUUGUUGUUACUGGCUACUUUCCUUUUCAUGAGAAGAAAAUUAAGAGGAAAUUCAUCCAGACUUUCUUCCUUGCUCCCCAAGAAAAUGGUUACUUUGUCCUAAAUGACAUCUUUAGGCUUGUUGAUGAACCACCGAAGACCCAAGAUGGAGAUAUUGUAGCUAGGACAGCCUCUGAAGCACCCAUUCCUCCUCCCCUUGUCCCUACUAAAGCCGGUAAUGUUCCUGAGCAAUCUGCUUCUACAUUGGUGAAUUCUGGUGAUGGGGAAGCCAGUAAGCCGGAUAAUGGGAACGUUCCAACCGUGGAAGAGAUACCCCCAGCACCUGAGCUCGUCAAUGCAGUUCCGGAACUGGAGAUCACGAACGAAGAGGUUGCUGAUGAUUCACAAAAAGCUUCUGAGCAGGAAAAUGGACCUCAGGAUGUUCCCAAGAUAUCUUAUGCCUCUGUCGUCAUGAAGGAGAAAACAGGAGUUUUAGCUUCCCCCUCACAUCCUCCAAAGCCGGUAUCACAAGACCAAGCACAACCAAUAGCUUCUGAUCCUCCAGCGAUCACGAAGGAGAAAACUGGAGUUGUAGCUCCCCCCUCACCUCCUUCAAAGCUGGUAUCUCAAGACCAAGCUCAACCAGUGGUUUCUGAUCCUCCAGCGGUCAUGAAGGAGAGAACUGGAGUUUUAGCUGCCCCCUCACCUCCUCCAAAGCCGGUAUCACAAGACCAAGAUCAACGAGUGGCUUCUGAUUGCCCAGCUCUGAAAUCUGACUCAGUUACGGUGGCCUCUGAUGCUAUUGGAAAUGUGGACAAUCGGGAUGGAGCUGAGGGUGCAUCUAUUUACGUGAAGGGUCUGCCUCCUAAUGCAACCCAUGCCUUGCUUGAGAAUGAGUUUAAGAAGUUUGGAACAAUCAGAAACGGUGGAAUCCAAGUUAUAAAUCAAUGGGGAUUUGCUUAUGGUUUUGUGGAGUUUGAGGAGGCGGAUGCAGCGCAGAGGGCAAUAGAGGCUUCGCCUGUGAUUAUCGGUGGCCGGAAAACGGUUGUGGAGGAGAAGAGAUCUACCUCUAGAGGUAACAGAGGAAGGCCUUCAUCCGGAUAUGGGAACAUGUACAGAAGUGAGGGAGUGAGAGGCAGAGGAGGGUACUAUGGAGGAGGCAGAGGAGGGUAUGGCCGAGGUGAGUAUGGGAACAGGGGUGGAGGAGGAGGGUAUAAAAGCCGCAGAGGGAAUGGCGGCUACCAUAGAACGGAAGGUGGUGGUGGUCGGACGAACCGUGGUGCUUAUGUCUCUGUCAACAACAACAAGGCAAACAAAACCAACCUGGAGUCUGAUGUCCCUGCUUCUGGAUGAAGAUCAUCUGAAUGUUUUUGUCGGCCCCCGAGGUAAAUGUCAGUUGGUACAGUAAUUUCGGAAGUAGAAAGGAGUAGUAUGGGGAAAGGUGUCCUUAAACUUACAUUUCUCUCGUAUGAUUCGUUUCGGCUUUAGAGAAAACAGUGCAAGUUUUUGUCUUUAUUUUUUUUGGAUUCAAGAAAUUGGCGUUUUGGCCCUUAUUUGCCCCCACAUUUUGUGGAAGAUUCAUUCUGAUCUAUAAACCCAUCGCAAGAAUCUAUAAUAGAAUUUGGGUAAAGGUUC